AUGGAGCCUCCUCCUGUUCAACAAAGUCAUCCGCAUCCCAAGGCUUCGAAUUCUGUUACCGAAGCUACUGCUACUUGUGGUAGCCCUAGUCAUAAGCCACUGCAACAACUUCCACAUGAAGCAGCAGCUCGUACUCGUAUUCAUCAUCAUGUUGCCAAUAAUGGUGCCUCAUCUUCUGCAGCACAAGAGGCUGAUCAUCGGUUCUCCGAUGAGGAAGAGGAGCUGAACAAUUUCAACAACAAUCAGAAGAAGCAGCAGGAUGCUUUUCUUAGCAGCUUUCCACCUGGAUAUAGGUUCAACCCUCGUGAUGAAGAACUUGUGCGGUAUUACCUCCAGAAAAAGAUCAUGGAUGAGCCAUUGCCUCCUAACAAGAUCAUGGAAGUUAAUCUCUACCGUCACAAUCCUGAGACGCUUGCUGGUAAAUAUGAUACUUAUGGAGAAAAAGAAUGGUACUUUUUUACUCCAAGGGACCGCAAGUAUCGCAAUGGUAAGCGACCAAAUAGGAAAGCUAGCGAUGGUUAUUGGAAGGCCACAGGAGCGGACAAAUCAAUAAAGUCUGGUAAUGUAGAGGUUGGUUUUAGAAAAGCUCUCGUUUUCUACAAUGGCAAACCUCCAAAGGGAAAAAAGACCAAUUGGAUCAUGCAUGAGUAUCGAGUUCCUGAUUCACGUACUGUCAAAAGGACUGAAAAUGACAUGAGGUUGGAUAAUUGGGUGCUCUGUAGAAUUUAUAAGAAAGCUGAUAACAAGAACAAAAUUCAGGAAGCAGAUCUUGCUGAAGAAAAUAUCUCUAUGUCAAUACUAGAUGACACAGAGAUGGAGAUGAACGGUCAAGUUGAUAACACUCAAGCAACGAAAUCUAAAGAAGAAUACCCUCACACCAUUGCUCAUCCACCAUUGGAGUUUGACAGGGCAUAUUCUAAUUUUGCAUAUCAUUAUACUUCAUACCCGGAUCAACCUAUGAUUGAUGCACUUAGCAACAACAUGCGUCAUCACUUAAUCCAACCAGUUGCUUUCGAUUCUAAGGAUAGUUAUGGAAAUAUGUAUCAUUCGCUGCCGACUCGUGGAUCUUCUUCAGCAAUGCAAUCUCUUGAUGAAAACUGUAUAGUGCCAUUCUCUGAACAUAAGCAUGGGUGUAGUGUGCAUCUAAUUGACAUGACUUCAGAAUCCGUGGUUUGUAAAGAAGAAGGAUCAGAUCAAAAAUAUGGUGUACAAUUUCCGGGUCAAAAAUAUGUUGUGCAAUCUCCUGAACAAGAAAAGACACAUUGUUAUGGAAAGAGUGUCCAACCAAGUGAUGCAGUUGAUAGUAGACAUAAUCCAUCAACACCUUGUCUUGAUCAAAAGAGCAUUCAACAAGAAAUUGGUAAGUCUCUAUUAUCACCACCAUCUGAUGAUCUACCAUAUUGCAUACAAGAACCAGAUGACGAACAUGAUAAUAUCUUGUUUAGUGAUUCAUACUUUCGGUAUUCGGAAGUUUUUCCAUGGGUAUGA